GCUCUGUGAGCCCGUGUCUGAAGCCAUCCUACUCAUCUCCACGGGGAACGUUAUGCUGCUGUCCUUCAGAAUGACCCAGGGCAAUAAGAGCUUUCGCGGAACCUUCCAGGCCAUUCCUGAAGAGCCAUGCUUUGCUACGAUAGAGAUGCAGAGAGAGGCUGCUUUUACUGGGGCAAUCAGCAGCCCUUUCUUCCCCAGCCUGCUCCCACCAUCCUGCACAUGCACAUGGCACUUCCAGACUCCACAUGACAGUUUAGGUGUGGCCUUGAAGUUCCACAACUAUGUUCUAAAACUGAAGGACUUGAAGGCUUGUGACCAUGGCUGGUGGAAGGUGAACGAGAUCAUAUACUGUGGCAGCUACAUUGACCAUCCCACCAUCUUCCAUAUUGCAUCGCCGAAUGCUGAGGUGUUGUUCCUCUGCAGUUCCCAGCGCUCUGACCUCCCUUUCAAAGCCGAUUACGGCAGCUUCACAAUCAGUCAGCCGUGUCCUGAGGGACACUUCCACUGUGGCACAGGUUUCUGUGUGGAGCCCUGGCGUCGCUGCGAUGGCCUGGAUGACUGCCUGGAUGAAAGUGAUGAAGUCUUCUGCACGAAACCUCCCAAAAACUGUGAGAGCCCCACCCCCCUCCACCCCAUCUACAUCUGUAAUGGGGAGAUGGACUGUCUGGAUGGCCAGGAUGAGACAAACUGCACUCUGGAGACGAGCUGCUUAGACAUCCGCUUCAGGUGCAACACCGGAGCCUGCAUCCGGAAGAGGAACGCCAAGUGCGAUGGUGCCCAUGACUGUCUGGACGGUAGCGAUGAGAGUGACUGCGCUUGUGGUCAACCAAGUAUAGGACAGGAGCGUGUCACUGGAAUGUGGGAUGGCCCAAAGCUGCAGCGCAUUGUGGGGGGCGUGGCUGCUUCAGAAGGGGAGUGGCCAUGGCAGGCUGACAGACCCAAGACAGUGGACCGCUCACCUGGGGAUGCUGACACAGGGCAGCGCAAAGCAUGUAGCGGAGAUCCAGAGGAUUGUGGUGCACCAGUACUACGACGCUCGCACCUUUGACUAUGACAUCGCGCUGCUGCAUCUGCGCAGAACGUGGCCGUCAUCACUGGCUGCAUACAUCCAGCCCGUGUGCCUGCCCCCUCCUUCCCAGCUUCUGCCCAGUGGACUCCAGUGCUGGGUGAC